AGACUGGGGGCGGAGGAAACACAUCCUAUAAAAAGAAGGUAUCCCACAACAUAAAACGCCAGGCUUCUUCUCAAACACUCACACGAACAGGAAUCCUCCUCUUUGCUGCAACUAACUUUGAUUUUUAAAUGCUUUUUGACAGAGCAUCCUGACGCUUUAAAUUCCUCCACAUCUUUAUCUCAUAGGGUGUUACACUAAGCCUAUUUGCAUGUGUAUGCUGUGUUACGUUUUCCCCACUGAUAUUUGACAGCUUAUUUGAUGGGCUCUGUAAGGGGGUUAUACUUUUUUAAGCCAAAGUGUGGUGGUCAAAGCACCUAGUGGUGUAGGACAUAUCUUAUCUUCGAGAAACCAGCACAUUCUCAUUCAGAGUUAAAAAAAAUAAUAAUUACCGGAAAGGAUGCUCAAGGUUUUGCGGAGUCGGAGCUUUUGGAUGUUGAUGUUGAUCGUCGCGGUGGUGCGGAUGGGAGAAACCCAGGGGACCGAGAGCGAAGCCCAGGUGAACUCCAUCAAAUCACCGGAGCCCCAGCCCGCCGCCGCCAACCGCUCCAGCGGCGCCCCCAAGAAACACAACAACCCCGCUCAGGGGUAUCCAUGCAGCAGUGAUAAAGAGUGCGCGGUGGGAACGUACUGCCAAAGUCCUCAGCACGCCCCGUCCCGCUGCCUCACCUGCCGCAGGAGAAAGAAGCGCUGCCACAGAGACAGCAUGUGCUGCCCUGGCAACCGCUGCAGCAACUACAUCUGCAUCCCCAUCUCAGAGCACACCCUGUCCUCGCACAAGUCACCUUUGGACGAGCACAAAAUGCUUUCCAUCAAAGACAAAGGCUGGAGGAGGAACGGCAAAGCUCAGGCCAAGAUCUCUCUCAAAGGUCAUGAGGGUGACCCUUGCCUGCGAUCGUCCGACUGCUCGGAGGGCUACUGCUGCGCUCGCCACUUCUGGACCAAAAUCUGCAAGCCUGUGCUGCGUCAGGGCGAAGUCUGCACCAAACAGCGCAAGAAAGGCUCCCACAGCCUGGAGAUCUUUCAGCGCUGUGACUGUGCUAAAGGACUUGCCUGCAAGGUAUGGAAAGACGCCACCUCCUUCUCCAGGUCCAGGCUGCACGUGUGCCAGAGGAUCUGAGACGGGAGGCCCCUGCAAAACAAGCUGCACCUUGGGGCCCUGCGUCCCGCUGGGAGAGGAGUGGACGAGGACUCCUUUCUCCAGGACUUACUCAGCUGUGAUAAAGAGAGAGAAAGGGUGAGAUACAGAUGAAUUUAUGCCAGAACAGGGUGGGUUUGGGAUGGGAAUGAACCCAUAUGGUGGGAUGCUCAGCUGUAGCUGUUAAGGAAGCACUCUGGGCCUCUUUUUCAAGAUUAUUUGGUGGAGUUUAAUUGAUCUACAAGCCAUAUUUAUCACUGAUUUACCAUUUGAUGCAAGUGCUGGCAUUAUUUCAGUAUGUCCGUGCUGUCAAUUUAGUAUCUGAAUGCUCUGAUUUGGUUUCUUUCUUUUUUUU